AAGAUUGUUGUACCCUCUAACAACAAAAAAGUACCACAGUACAAGAGUCGCUAUUACUUUGUCCACUUACUUUAAGCGCGUUUUAUGGGACUCAGUACCUGACUGCUUGUACGCUCCUAAAAUCAGAAUCCGAGAGUACAACAGUUGAUUGACUCUAUUCCUCCUCCCGUCAGCCUGCUCUGUGUUCUUCGAAAUGCCCAAGCAACAUUAGUCCAAAGAGAAGGAUUUGUGAUGGAAGGGCGUUCUUUUCUGAACAUACCCCGAAGGAUAUUGAGCUUCAUCCAGAACGGGAACGGGAACGGGAAUGCGGGUGUACCUUUUUCCGACGCCGACGACCAGCCUCCGACGGGAUUCAGCGGUUCCGCAAAGCGCGGGGAGAGACAUUAUGAAGUUUAUGGCCUCGUAGGAUCAGUCACCACUGUCUUCGCCGCAGUCAUCUUCUUGAUAUGGGUAUAUGUUCCGGACUACUGGUUGAACUCCAUAGGGAUCUACUACCACCCAAGCAGGUAUUUGGCAUUACCUUAUGUAGUGGUGACGAUUGUGGUGGCAAUUGGAAUUUACGUCGGAAUGGACUUUUUGGCCACUCCUCCUCCUACCUCCUUGAAGUCAAUUUUUGAUGAAUGGAGUGAAGAACCAGCAGUGUGUGUGGGUGGCAUCCCUUCAGCUAAUGAUGAGGACUACCAGCCCAGUUACAAUAUUCAGCCUAUAACUGACAUUGACAUUAACCAAGUUGAUGAAACCAUGUGCGAUGAGCUUGCUACAAGAACAGGUACAGCCACCUCAAUGUCAUAAUAUUCAAACAGAGGUGUAUGGUAUUUAUAAUUAUAUCAUUCUCAUGAAACUGACUAUCAUAUCCUAAAUUGUCAAAAAAUAAAAGGAUUAUCAUA